GAUUUAUAUACCGCUCGCCGUUAGCUGCACGUGGGAAUAACCUUAAUCCGGAACCAACCGUGGCUGUUCGUUGUCGGCUCCACAGCUCCCUCUCAUCUUCAAUACCUUCAGUCCCUGUGCAUCGAGUCUGUCUUGGCAACUAGUUGAAAGGCGGCUGCAUUGAGAAGCUAGUCCGAUAAACUGCUCGGCUUUGUGAUCGGAAACUAUGAUUGAGUUUCUGUCCAAUUGGGAGACAGUUCCUUUCGCUUGCAAGCUGUGCGGGCUCAAUGCUGGAAAAUGAGCAGCGUGCGAGAUGCUCAGAACUUUGCCUGCGAUGAAUGCAGAGCGAGAAAAUCGAAGUGUUCCAAAGGAAAACCAAUUUGUGACCAAUGUUUGAAGAUCGGCAAGGAAUGUAUCUACAGUCCAAAGGUCGUCCGGAGUCCGUUGACUCGCCAGCAUCUUACAUACGUCGAAGACCGUCUGAGCGCGUACGAGACUGCCCUUGGAAAGUUAUUCCCCGGCGGUGAUUUGGACAGCGUUGUAUCCUCACUCAUUCAGGAUCAAGACCCCCGUCCGAGGGCCUCGCUCUCCCCGUCUGCGUCUUCUAAAGACUCUCCAUACCCCCGAACCGAAAGCCGUCAUUCGCAGCCCGCCGCAGAGGCUGUUCCGCAACAAGCCGAUGGCUUCGACUGGGCCGAGCGGGAGAUCUCUCUUGGCGAUUUAGCGGAUGGAAUGGCUGCGCUGUCCAUACGGCCGGAAGGUGCUGGAUACUUUGGAGCGUCGUCAAGUGUCGUGCCGUUGCGAGCGCUCACAGAUCAUGGAUUUGACUUGAAUAUCCCUUCACCAGGCGAACAUAAUGCCGGCGGUUUCCAUCGAACUGCACCGCUGAAAUCUCAGCUUAUCAGCUCUGCGCCUUCGGGUCUCGUGGAGCAAGCCUUUAUUGACGCAUAUUUCAUGAAUUACCACAGCAGCUAUCCCUUUGUUCAUGAAAGUACCUUUAGAGCGCAAUAUCAUGAACAAAUCCCACGACCUCAUGGACAGGCAUGGCAGAUUUUGUUGAAUACCAUUUUGGCACUGGGAGCUUGGAGUAUCGGAGACGACAAUUCGGAUUUGGAUAUAUCUUUUUACCAGGAAGCCAGGGGAUAUUUGCAGCAAGCAUCGGUGUUUGAAAUGGGUAAUCUUACUCUCAUACAGGGGCUUCUGCUUCUUAGCAAUUACGCACAGAAACGCGACAAGCCGAACACGGGCUGGAACUAUCUCGGACUGGCGGUGCGCAUGUCCAUGAGUCUUGGCAUUCACAAGGAAUUCCCUGGUUGGAAAAUCAGCUUGUUGCAGCGCGAAAUCCGGAGACGACUGUGGUGGGGUGUGUUUAUAUUUGACAGCGGCGCUGCGAAGACUUUUGGUAGGCCAAUUCUACUACCAGAAGAGACUAUUAUGGACGCAAGACAGGUUCUCAAUAUCCAUGACGAGUCUCUGACUCCUGCCACAACAACUCUGCCUCCAGAAUCCAACGGGCCAACGCAAUAUACUGGCCUUAUUGCGCAGACGAAAUUCCAUCUCAAGACCAACCAUGUCUACCAACGAUUGAUUUCAAGCCCGAGUAUCACCGCUGAAGAAACAAAGGAAUUGCAUAAAUAUAUGGAGGAAUGGUAUAAUGAGUUGCCCAUGUAUUUAAAGGGUCGCUCGCCUAAUGAGCCUGACUGGCUCGCGUUGACACGCAAUCGACUCAUGUGGCGGGACUGGAAUAUGCGGAUGCUAAUCUACCGACCAAUCGUCCUCCGCUGGGCUUCGGAACGCUGGACAUCCACAGACUCACUGGACAACCAGGAAGACCCGGCAGAGCGAGAGUGCAGACUUUUAUGUUUGCAAUACGCCCGUACGAGUAUAAUGUCGAUAUCCGAGUUUAUGGAGAACCACAUGUGCACUAGGCUCGGCGCAUGGUACAUGCUCUACUUCCUUUUCCAAGCCGCCCUCAUCCCCAUCGUCUUUCUUAUGACUGAUCCCACCUCACCGGACACUUCGUCCUGGUAUCAAGACGUUGAAACGACAAAAUCCCUGCUUACACACCCCACGCUGAGCAACAACCGUCUCGCUGCACGCUGCCUUGAUGUUAUCACCCGUCUUUGCUCCCCAAUUCCGUCAACUGAAAACCAGCCCCCUGACAUACAGGGACAAUUCGUGAUGAAUCCUCCCGGUCAGAUAUUUAAUAACGCGGGCGCCUUUGGACUGUUUCAAAAUGAGUUUGGAGGUGCUGGGGCUGUUGGGAUUGGGCCGCCUGGAGCGGCCGGGUUUAAUUUGGCGGAAUGGGUGAAUUUUCCAGGACAGGAGAACCUGACUUAAUCAAAUUGCCGAUCCAACCCUUUCACAACAUUAUUACACUACGUUUUGUAGAUGAUACCAACACGCUUUUUUGUUAUGCUAUAUAUAGCAUCCGCCCCUUCUGACACAGACGGCAGUUCCGCCAUCACCUCGCUGCAUAUGUAUCCGCAUGCGCAUGUUCCUGCUGCUCAAUAUCCGCUUUGAGAACCUCCUCACUGACAAGCGGUGUCCCACGCAACUGGGCUUCGAUAUGGACGAUCCGUUGCUUUUCUUCGUACGCCGCGG